UAUAUAUAUAUAUAUAGAGUAUAUAGCUCCCUUGUUGCUCUGUGCCACUCAGUGCGUGUCAAACUUUUUAAGGGCACCAUUUUUUAUACGAACAUCAACUUGUGGAAGAUCGUUUAUUUGUCAUUCGCACAGUUCUAAUCUGAAUACAAUAAAACUUGUCGACGACUGGGCCAAAAAAAAAACUAACGAUAUCUAAUUAUUAUUUAAAGUGAUAAGUAAAAGUUGUACUAUAAUUUCUGGCGUGCAAUAUAUAACAAUAAUCUGUGACACGUAAAAUUUUCAUAUGCCGUCGAAACGUUCAAAGGAAUAACCAUUGAAUAGAAACGAUUAGAAAUAAAGAAGAACUGCUGAAGGUCUAAGCCUGCGGAAGCAUAAAAUCAAACGAUUCCAGCAAAAAGCCCAAUCAAGUAUAAUAAGCAUUCAUCAUAAUUAUGACAACAUGAGAACAAUAGCAAAAUCAACAGAGAGACAACAUAAAUGCAAUAACAUGCAGAGGAACCAAGGCUGUGGAACAACAGCGAAGCUGCUGUUAACUUACGGAGUUGUGCUGUUAACAUUUCGUGUGAGCGACGGCUUAAGAAACGUAAAUGAUGAAUCUACAGGCAGCACAUACUGUGAGUACCUUGAGCGCAACAAUACCAUCCAGAAGGAGCAGGGCUCCGUUUGGUUUGAUGCACAGGACAAUUGCAUGGUUUACUCGUGUGCCGCAGGCGUGGGAAGCGAGCCAAAGGCGCACAUAGUUGCCACACGGAUUGAUUGCAACGAGUUCUACUGCGAUGUGGGCACCGAGCUGCGGAAAACCCCCAGCAGUUGUUGUGGGGAGUGCGUGAGGACGCAUUGCCAGCACAACAAUACGCUGUAUGCAGUGGGCGAGUCCUGGCACAAUGAUGCCGACUGCACGCUCCUCGAAUGCGUUCGCCGUGACACUGAUGGCGAGAUUGUCAUCAAUAGCUAUAAGCGCAGCUGCCCGCCAAUCGAUCCCAGCUGUCCGGCGGAACGUAUUUAUCGGAAUAGCUGUUGCUUUGUCUGUCGUCCGCUGGCCACAGCGCGAAUCGAAGAGAUUGACGACGCUGAGAUGACGCAGGACAUCUGGACAGCCGACUGGUAUCGGCAGCAUCCCUGCGUGCGCAGCUGCCAAACGGGUGCCGAGCCGAUGACAUGUCACUAUAGAUUUGUCGUCGAAUGGUAUCAGACCUUCUCCAAGGCCUGCUUUGACUGUCCGCUCAAUCGGACGGACUGCGCUCGGCCGCACUGCAUCAUGGGCGAUGGACUGCAGCGCAGCAUUACCGUUGUCAAUCGCAUGAUGCCCGGCCCGGCGAUUGAGGUGUGCGAGGGCGAUCAGAUUAUCGUCGAUGUGAAGAACAAUCUGUUGGGCGAGAGCACCACGAUACACUGGCAUGGCCUCCACCAGAAGAAGACACCCUACAUGGAUGGUGUGCCGCACAUAACACAGUGCCCCAUCUCGCCGCAUGCCACCUUUCGUUACAGCUUUCCGGCGGACAACUCGGGCACACAUUUCUGGCACUCGCACACCGGCAUGCAGCGCGGCGAUGGCGUCUUUGGCCCACUGAUUAUACGUCGGCCAAAGAGCACGGAACCACAUGGCGGUCUCUAUGACUUUGAUCUUGGCGAACAUGUGCUGGUUGUCCAGGAUUGGAUCCAUGAGCCGGGCGCCAGCAUCUUUGCCUAUCAUCAUCAUUCACGCGGCGACAAUAAGCCGCACAAUAUUCUCAUCAAUGGGCGUGGUCGCUACUACAAUCGCAUCUGGGCCGACAUGAAGAGACAGCAUCGAAUGGAAACAGAGCCAGUACCAACAGAACCACCAAAGCCUCUAAACGUUCCAACAAGUUCAAAUCUUACGACUCCGCAUUCAUCAAACGUUCAAACGAACGUUGAACCAUCAAAACUUGCCUAUGUAAAUCAAGUCCAACCAUUCAAAACAGCUGCCAAAACCACAACAACGCCACCGAAUCUAAUCAAAUUGUUGGCACCUGAAGAGCGACUGGGAUCGACGGGGCUACUGAGAAACGGUAGCGGAUCCUUGCCAGAUUCAGUUGUGGUCCAUUCGCGUCAGCGGCGAGGCAAUGUGAAUGAGAUACCGUUGGAGCUGAUACCGCACCAGGUGUAUAAUGUGCGGAGAGGAUUCCGAUAUCGGUUUCGCUUCAUCAACGCCGAGUAUCUGAACUGCCCGAUUGUGGUGUCUGUGGAUAAUCAUACACUGACCGCCAUCAACUCGGAUGGUUAUGAUAUUGAGGCGAUGCAGGUGGGCUCGAUUGUAACGUAUUCGGGGGAACGUUUCGAUUUUGUGCUGAACGCCAAUCAGGAGGUGAACAACUACUGGCUGCGCCUCAAGGGCCUUAUGGACUGCAGCGAGAGAUUCACCUCCGCCUUCCAGGUGGCCAUAUUGCGGUACGAGGGUGCACCCGAUCGCGAGCCCACUGCCGAACUGGGUUACGCCCACAAAGCUGAGGGAAUUGAGCUGAACGCAAUGAAUCGUGGUCCUGGCUAUGCGGAUUCGAAAACCGUGGCAGAGAUGCGGGCAUUGCCCAUAUACGAUAAGGUCUCCGGCAUUGAUGAUGACACGCUGCAGCCCGAGGCAGACUACAAGUUCUUUGUGUACUACGAUUUCUAUCGCAAGGACAAUCCCGAAUUCCAUCACAGCGAUUACUAUGGCAUGGACACGAACAUCACCAAAGAGAACAUCCUCUACACGCCCCAACUGAAUCACAUUUCCCUCAAGUUCCCCUCGCUGGCGCUGCUGCCCCAACGCCAUCAGAUCAACGAUGAACUAUUCUGCAAUGAGACGACGCUCGCCCAGCAGGGCAUCGACUGUCGCCAGGAGUUCUGCAAGUGCCAUCAUGUGCUCCAGGUGCCCCGCAAUGCCGUCGUCGAGCUAAUCAUUGUCGACGAGGGAUUCACCUUCUAUGCCAAUCAUCCGUUCCAUCUGCACGGCAAUGCGUUCCGCGUCCUCGGACUCGAGCGCCUGGGCGAGAAUGUCACCAUUGAAAUGAUUAAGCAAUUGGAUCAGUUUAAGCUGCUCAAGCGCAAUUUCAUAAAUCCUCCAGUAAAGGACACUGUCACCGUGCCCGACGGUGGCUACACGAUCAUCCGCUUCGAGGCCUACAAUCCUGGCUACUGGCUCUUCCACUGUCAUAUCGAGUUCCAUGCCGAAAUCGGAAUGGCUCUGGUGGUCAAGGUGGGUGACGAUGAUGAGAUGGUGCCGGUGCCACGUAACUUUCCCACCUGCGGUGACUAUGUGCCCGAUUCCCGAACGGAUGAGGAGACAACGAUGACCGACGACAACCCUGCCAGCACAUCGACAGCCCUGCCACCGCCCACAGAAGACACAUCAACCCGAAUCCGUGCAGCGGGUUUGCCACUCAUUUUGCUUCUACUAGGUUUGAUUCACUUGAUUUGCCUGCGCUGAGCGCAUUGGCCUUGAACCUAACGCUAUCAUGACACUAGUUCAGUUUUAAGUCAUUUCCAAUCGGAAUUUUGGCAUAGGUUGUCUUUCAGGUUAACCUUAUGUUAUAAACAUAUUUAAUAACUCAAUUGCUUCCAAAAAAAAAAAAAACAAAAUAUCUGCCCAGAAAGCGGAAUAAAUUUGAUGUUUCAAGUAUUGUAGUAGAAAUAUUAAAAAAUGCAUUAUAAGUAUAUUUUUACUUCGCAAAAUUAC